AUGUCAUCGCCACUUGAUGAACAGACUAUGAACCAGCUACAGUCUCAACAGUCAGAGCUGCUGGACAAGAUUGAUGAGUUGUGUGCCGUUGGGGUUGGAGGCCUGGUAGAGCUGCCUCAAAUCAGUCUAUUGAGAAAAGCUCUGUACUGGAGGCAAUCUCCAGACAAUAUCUGCACUCGAUUUGCGACCGAAAUCAUACUUCGCCGAAGCCCUCACGACAGAAUCAAAAUAUCCAUUGAGCCCGGCGACUCGAGAAAGGAUGAUCAGGAACAACUCAAGCUCCGAGCCUUCACAUCCGAAUCAUUUUCCUCCAGUGCGGAUCUUCCCACACUGAUCAAAAAAGCGAAGGAAUGCAUGGGACUUUCCAGCACCCAUCCUUCAAACACAGGAUUUAGCGACGAUGUGCUUAAAGUCGAGAUCUCGGGCCCUGAAAAGCCAGAGCUGACUCUGGUUGACCUUCCAGGGCUCUACUACUCCAGCAGCAGCGAACAAAACGCGCAAGGAAUGGAGAUCGUUCAGAAUCUGACGGGAAAGUACAUGAAAAGCUCCCGGAUUAUUAUUCUGGCUGUCAUCAGUGCAAGGGCCGAUUACCAUAUCCAGAAGGUCUUGAACAUCGCGCAGACUUUUGAUCCCAAAUAUGAGAGGGUCUUGGGUAUUGUCACGCAACCCGAUAUCCCUGAAGCGGGUUCCGACGAACAAGAAACUUAUAUCCAAUUCAUCAAGAACGAAAAGGUCAAGCUACAACUUGGAUGGCAUGUAUUGCGCAACCGCUCGUUUGAGACGCGCAACAUUUCCGAUGAUGCGCGAGAUAUUCAAGAAAAGGAAUUCUUUGAAAUGGGACGAUGGGCUUCCCUUCCUCGAGACCAAGUUGGGAUUGAAAGUCUGAGGCAUCGUCUCAGCAAAAUACUACUUGCUCAUGUCCGUCGCAAUCUUCCUGGUCUUAUGGCGGACAUACAAGAAAGGAUUUCUCGUAACGAGGAGACACUGGCAAAAAUGGGCGAGCCGCGCACAACCCUUCAGGGCCAACGCAACUUUCUUGUCGAUGUCAGCGGCAGAUUUGCACGGAUCACAAACCAAGCCUUGAAUGGAUCGUACGUCGAUGAGUUCUUCGGUGAAUUCAAAGACCAUAGGCCCACCACGGAAGACGCUCCAUUUCGCCGACUGCGGGCAAUAAUUCGUGAGCUUAAUGAAUGCUUUGCUGAAGCGAUGAGCGUUCGAGGGAACCGGCGAAUUAUUCAAUUUCCUGGAGAGCCAGCAACUAUUGAAGACGUCGAAAAAGAGAGAUCCAAGCCUUACAUGGAUGAUUGGACACCACAGUACAUUUCCCAGGAGUCUCUCGUGGAUGAGAUCAAAGAACAGGCCCGCCAAAGUCGAGGAAUCAAGUUACCAGGUAGUGCAAACCAGCUGCUUGUAGGGACUUUGUUCCGGGAUCAGUGCCAGCCCUGGGAAGCGCUGGUACUGAAGGACCUCACAGAUGAUCACACUCGUCCUCUGCUCAUGCGACACCUUAUCGGAUUGGAAAUGGAGACGAUGAAGGAGUCUUUGCUAGCGAAGCUCAGUGAAUUGACCUCAUACACCAAAAGGGGUCAUCCACUGCCCGUGGGAACAUUAUUUCUCUCCAAGAUCCAGGAGUCCAGGAAGCACCGGCAGGUUGCCGCGUUGAAAAGAAACCUCCACUUAUCUGAAUCUAACCCCUCAACGGGGAAAACUACUGAAGAUAUUUUCGAUGUCGAAGAUCUGGAGCGAGCAACAUCUCAGCUACAGUCAUCCAGCGACCAGUUUGCAGCAGCAGAAAUUAUUGAUCAAAUGCAGGCUUACUACGAGACUGCGAUCGUGACCUGUGUCGAUAAUGUUGCAAUCCUAGCGAUCGAAAAUUGUCUUCUAUGUCCUCUGGAGCAUAUAUUCACCGGCAAGACUGUGCUUAACAUGGAUGAUCAGCAGAUUCAAGAAAUUGCAGCAGAGCCAUCUAACAUUCAGAAGGAAAGGGAACGUCUAAAUGAAGAGCUCGAAAAGCUACGAAAGGGAAGACAGACUCUCAAUGCCUUCAGCACAGCGGAUUCUUCGCUGCGUGCUCGUCCUAUCUUGGCAAAACCGUCAACCCCCCGAACCCAGACUCCAAAGCAUACAGUGACGGCUCCAGUAGCUCCGGUGGCGCCCAGUACUCCUCGCCCUGGUCUGUUUCAAGAAGUUUCAACUGCUGCCACUGAGUCCAUCGUCACGCCUCCUUUGCCGAUCAUUCCUUCAAGUCAGAAUAAGAGCGGCUUUGGCACAGGUCAAAAGUUUCAAUUCUCCUCCGGUCUAGGGAGCACAGGAAAUAGCGAGGUUAAGCCUAACAAUGGAGUCGCCGCCAAAUCCAAUCUGUUCAGUUCGAUGCCCAGUGUAAAAUGGCCUCCUGGGAAUGAGUCCAGCCCAACGGCCAAUGGGCAGUUUGGAUCGGGUAGUAAAGGCUUUGGCUCAACUACCCCGAAGGACGGGAAAUCCCACUUUAACGCAGAAGCGAGUGGUUUCUGA